AUGAGAACUUCUACGGGCUAGAACUAGUACAAAAUGGAUCCACUUUUCGGGUCUAACACUCUAAAGACGAAUCUCAGCCAUGGCCGAUCACGAUCACGAUCAUGAUCACCACCAUCACCACCACCACCGCCCUCACCGCAUCAAGGUCCCUCCACGCGCCGCUGGGCCCACCGCUCCGACCACCUUCGUUACCACUCCCACCACUUCCCGAGCUUACCCGGUUUUCCCCUUCGCAGCCUCGACUCCAACGGCCUCGGCGACUCCAUCGAAGCACCGUCGCUCUUCUUCUCUCAGCUCUAAACCUUCCAACAAUGGCAAGUCUUCUUCCCUUUCCUUCCUCUUUCUCCUCCUCCUCUCUCUCCGCUCCCUCUACUCCCUCCUUCCCUUCCUCCGUUCCUCCCCUUCCUUCUCUCUCUUCCCCUUCUCCUUCCUCGUCUCUCUCCUCUCCUUCCUCCUCACCUACUCUUUCUCUCUCUUCACCACUUCUUCCUCUUCCGCUAAAGCCCCUUUCCACCAGAGGCCUAGCCAGAAACUCUUCUCUCUCUCCUCGAUUUCUCAAUCCGAGCACAGAGCCUUGCUCGCCAGAUCGAUUCUCCUCGCCGUCGUCUUCCUUCUCCGGUUCCAGGCCCUCCGGUACUGCGGCACGGCGGCGAUGAUUCUCGCCGAAUUGACCGGAAACGUCGCCGCCAGGUUCGUCUCCGAGGGAAAGAAUGGGAAUUUCGCCGAUCGGUACGGAUUCAAGGUUCGUGGGUUUGUUGCUUUGUUUCUUGGAUUGUUUUUACUGUCUAUUAGUUGGGAUCGUAUCGAGUGCUUUCCUUUUUCGGCCAAGUCUGUUGAUAAAGUUGGAUUCUUUACGUUUCUGAAAGGGAAUUGUUUGAGAAUUUGGCCAAUGUUGCUUCCGUUUCUCUCUGGGUUUCUGAGUUGCUAUGAGCGUGUUUCAAUGAAUUGGAGGGCAAUUAGGCAUUUAGGAAUGAAACGAGUUCGUUUGAUUUCGUUGUUCUUCACAACUGUUUUGCUUUUCUUUCCUGCUGUUGUUAGCGUGUUCAUGUUUGAAUCUGAGGCAGAUAACGUUUCAAUUGGGAAUUUGGUUUGGCCUCUUGCCAACACUGUUGUUUUUGGGGUCCUCUUGGCCGAAAACUAUAGUGAUGAGAAGUUGGUUAGUUCUAAGGAUUUUCGGAGGGAGUUUUUGGUGACUUUUGUUUGUACUCUUGUUUUGGAGUUGUUCUAUUUUCCUGAGCUAUCACUUUGGGGACUAUUGCUCUGUGGCUUGCUGUUAUAUAUUGCUGUUCGGGAAUUAGAUCCGUUUUACUCGAAUUAUCUGGAGUUGGGAAUGGAGUCUUCAGAAUCGUUCAGUUCACUUGUUAUGAAGCCUAUUAGGCACAUUUUGAGUGAGAGGAAAUCACGGAAGAUUGCACUUUUCCUUAUGAUCAACACCGGGUACAUGGUUGUGGAAUUUGUUGCUGGAUUUACGAGCAAUAGUCUGGGGUUGAUAUCGGAUGCUUGUCACAUGUUGUUUGAUUGUGCUGCUCUAGCAAUUGGGCUGUAUGCUUCAUAUAUUUCAAGGCUGCCUGCGAAUAAUCAGUUCAAUUACGGCCGUGGAAGGUUUGAGGUUCUCUCUGGGUAUGUUAAUGCGGUUUUUUUGGUUCUGGUGGGAUCACUGAUAGUGUUGGAGUCCUUAGAAAGGAUUUUGGAUCCUCAAGAGAUAUCAACCAAUAGUCUGUUAAUUGUUUCGAUUGGAGGACUUGUGGUUAAUAUUGUUGGGUUAAUCUUCUUUCAUGAGGAGCAUCACCAUGCACAUGGUGGAUCUGGAUCAUGCUCGCAUUCACAUUCCCACUCUCACGACCACACUCACCAUCACCAACACUUGCACGACCAUGUUGGACAUGAUCACAAAGGUUGUGGAAAGCAUGAGGAGCAUAUCUUUGUUUCUCAUGAAAGCCAUGAAAAAUUAUGUUCUCACCAUGAUGAAAAACAUGGACAUAGUCAAUGCACUAACCACAGCAGCUCUGGCAGUUGUAAAGAUGAUAACCAUUUGGGGAAUAAUAAGUGUCAUGAUCACCAUCACGGCCAUGCCCACCAACACGAAUCUCCUAACCACGCCCACCACCAUGAUCAUUCAUGCCAACACGAUCAGUUGCAGAGCAACAAGCAUCAUCAGCACCAUCAUUGUGACCACAGUGGCCACGGUGAACUGCAUGAUAACCAUAGCCAUGUCAACCUUCAUGAUCACCAUGACCAUGCCUCUCAACAUGAGUGCCAUGGUCAUGGCAGUCAUACUCAUUCCUUUGAAGUCCGCAAGGUAGCAGAAUCUCAAGUUCAAGUAGAAGAAUCAAAUAAGCAUCAUCAUCACCACAUCGACCACAACAUGGAAGGAAUAUUCUUGCAUGUUCUGGCUGACACCAUGGGAAGUGUUGGGGUUGUUAUAUCAACGCUCCUGAUUAAGUAUAAAGGAUGGCUUGUUGCGGAUCCUGCCUGCUCAAUAUGUAUCUCUGUCUUAAUUGUAUCUUCAGUUCUCCCGUUACUCAGGAACUCUGCCGAAAUUUUGCUCCAAAGAAUUCCAAGGGCACAUGAGGUGGAUUUGAGAAGGGCUUUGAUUGAGAUUAGGAAGAUGAGAGGUGUUUCUGGCAUCCAAAACUUGCAUGUAUGGAGUUUCACUAACACAGAUGUGGUGGGAACACUCCGUCUUCGUGUCACAAAUGAAACCAACAAGGCUUCUACGAAGAUGCAGGCGUCAGAUAUGCUACGUAAAGCUGGAAUCAAGGAUCUGACAUUGCAGAUUGAAUGUGUUAGGUAAUGAGCUCAUUACUCACAUUUUGACAGCGUUCAUGGAGAGAGAGUACCCAUUUACUAAGUACCGUGCUGCAAUUUCCGAGAAAACAGCCGGUUCAACCGUUUGCAAAAAUUUAGUUUGUCAUGAAAUGGGGCUUCUCUUGUUCUGCUUCUUAUCAUGAUAAAUAAAACAAAUCAUCAAAAUGUAUCUCAAAAGAGUCUGGGCAACAUGGGAUGAAAGGUUUCAAACACAAAUAGUUCUGUCAUGCUCAUCAUUGCUUAACGCGUGCAUCCUUCCCCACCUCAAGAAUGAUGUCGGCAUUUACAUAACAUCCUUGUAUGUAAUUCCGGAGACAUGUAAAAAUUAUGCAAAAGAUGGUGAUUUACUUGGGUAUUCUACUUA